AUGUUGAAAGAUUGCAUAGAAUUUUCCAAAGGUUGCCAAGGGUGCCAAAAACAUGGUGGGAUUCAACGUGUGCCAGCAAGUGAGUUACAUUCGAUAGUCAAACCUUGGCCAUUCAGAGGUUGGGCUUUAGAUGUAAUUGGGGAAAUUAAACCUAAAUCAUCGAAAGGCCAUAAAUACAUCUUGGUGGGAAUAGACUAUUUCACCAAAUGGAUAGAGGCGAUCCCUUUAAAAGAGGUUACUCAAGAGGACGUUAUUAAUUUCAUUCAGAAUUACAUCAUUUAUAGAUUUGGCAUUCCAGAAACUAUCACUACGGACCAAGGAUCUGUGUUUACUGGUCGAAAAAUGGUCGAGGCAGCAAAUAAGAACAUCAUUUUCAUUAUUAAAUGGAAAACUGAAAGAAAACGUAAGAAUUGGCACGAAGUUCUUGGCGAAGCUUUAUGGGCAUGUCGAAUGUCUCCUAAAGAAUCGACAAACACUACACCAUUUAGAUUAGCAUUUGGUCAUGAUGUUGUAUUACCAGUCGAAAUCUUACUUCAGUCAACCAGAAUCCAAAGACAAUUCGAAAUUCCAACAAAUCACUAUUGGAAUAUGAUUUUAGAUGAGUUGGUUGAUCUAGAUGAAGAAAGGUUAAUGACAUUAGAAGUCCUCACAAAACAGAAAGAAAGGGUGACGAAGGCUUAUAACAAAAAAAGUGAAAUCAAAGUUAUUCGCUCAAGGGAACUUGGUGUGGAAAGUUAUUUUGCCAAUGGACAAGAAGAAUCGAGUCUUGGGAAAAUGGUCUCCUAG